AUGAGCGACACGUCGCUGGACUUCUUACUAUCGGAGAUUCUUAGCCCCGACAAUGUUCAGCGCGCUGCGGCGGAAAAGGAGCUGGAGCGGCGGGGCCUCGAGGUACCCGGGUUCUGCUUCUCUCUUGCUCGCUACUGCCGAACGCUCAUGGGCAACCAGUCCUCGCACGCCGUUGCGCUAGUAGCUUUGGCUGUUCUAAAGCGCAGUGUGACGGCGUCCGAUCGCGCGGAGGAGCUUGAGCAGGUUGUGUCUUCGCUCCUUUCGGAUCUGACCGACAUCGCGGCCCUACCUGGUGGUGCUGCAGCAGCGAUGCGGCAGUGGUCAUCGACGGUGUGCACAACUGUACGGCGCCUUGCCGUUUUGUGCGCUUCACCAACCGCGGCACCAGCCGCCGGCCAGGCCACGACUGGUGCGAUCACGGCGCAGCUGCUCGGUGCCUUUGACCAGUACCCAAACGCUGACGCCAGUGGAUUGUUGUCGGUUUUCAGCCAUGUGUGGCUGUUACGAACCAUGUUUGAGGAGCCGGUGCCAGAGCUGAUGCACGCAUGGUGUGCCGAGCUACUUUUGAAUUGUGCGCCGCCUCUCUUCGAAAUCCUCUGCGCCGGCACAGCCGCAACGCUGAGCAUGGCGUCGUCCGACUCCUCUGCGUUCGCGGCAGAUUCACCGGAGGUUUACGCACGCUGCUCUCUUUUGACCCUCAUUGCCCAAACCCUAGCAGCCCUCUAUGAAUGGCAGUUUGCGUCUAGUGGGCGGAAGCGCUUCCCUGCUGAGCUCAAGCAGCACUUCCUCUCAGCCUAUCCGCUCCUCCAGUCUUUUAUGUGCACCCCAUGCGCGCGCUGGCUGUCAGUGUGCGUCGGCGCAACCUCGUCUGCAAGCGCUCUCCCAUGUGCGCAGGCGCGCGCGGCCAACUUUGCCGCAGCGUCGCUGGCCGCGCUUGAGUACGUAUCGAGCGUACUGCAGUUGGGUGGGUGGUACAAGCGAUGUGUUUCGGCACAGCUCUUUCAGGCGUUGCUGCAGUCAUUGGAAGCUGACGCAGCUUGCUAUGGGGUCGCGCUCUGCGUCGACGUUGAGGAGGAGGCGGAGAGCCUUACAGCCAGCGCUGGGUGGACUGGAUGGCCACACACGGGGAGUGGCGGUGGUGAACAAGGCGAUGACGCUUCGUCGCACAGCUGGACAACAGUGGUGCGCCGGCGCGCCACGCAGUGCUGGUCGCUCUUUCUUGACGCAGCUUUGCUGCCUUUCCUCAAAGUCGGCCUAGUGGAUGUUGUGGGCUACCAAUGCGGGCUACAGUACUACAAGCUGCUGCUGGCCUACGCCGUCCCCUCGCCUGUCGAUGUGGGGUCGUGGCUUCACGACCCAAACACGUUUUUGCGCGAGGAAGAGGAGCGCGAGGACAGAGUGAGGUGGUCAACCCGUAACACUGUCGCACAGCUCUACGCAGACAGCAUAGCAGCUCUUGGCCCACUAUUCCUGCACGCCUCUUUGGAGGACUUGCACGAACGCCUCUUAGCGCCCAUCCCAGACAACGACGGCAGGACGUGCGGUGAUGGACAGACUUCCCUCGCCUAUGAUGGCACGGUAAUGCUCACCGCAUCGCAGCAGCAGCGAGAGGCAGCCCUUUUCUUCAUGGAAACGGUACUUAAGCACCGUUCGAGGCAGUUGCGCGAGUGCGGCGCCGUCGACUUUACGCCACUUGCUACGCACUUGUGGAGCAAUGACGUGGCAAGCGCUUCGGCGCACCCUGGCUUGACGGCCCGGACGCUCAUGCUGAUAGCCGCUAUCGUGCGAUUCACUCACGCGACCCUCGUGGCCACCGAACCGGCCGCCUCCGCAGACGCCGCUGCGGCAACGAACACCGAAGCGGCAGCCGAGGGCUUUAUGGCCACUGUUGUGGCGGACAGCACACACGCAUUGUCACUCUUUACGGGGACGUCAAAGGAGACCAUCGCGGCGUCGUCGUCCUCAUGCACGCCACUAGUCGCGGUGCUCCUUUGCCGAGUUCUGCAACGCACGCUGCCGUAUUGGUCCGAUGUAUUGCUUGCGCAGCACUCUGUUGCGUGGCAGGUCUCGCUACUGGCGCUUCUGUCCUCCGAGGCAGGCCUUACUGAUGAAGCGUUGUACAAUACGGUGGAGCAGUUGACGGAUCUUCUCAAGAUUUCGCGUGCCGCACGGAAAAAGAGCGCUCAGCCCCACUACGGUAGAGUGAGCACUGCAGCUGCAGCUCCGCCGAUGCUCGACGCUCUCCCACGGACGGUGAUGGACUGCUGGCGCCGUCACGUAAGCGAUCCUAACCUCGCGGAUGCCGUACUGGGGUUGCUGCGCCACGUCGUGCGCGACGGCGAAAGCGGCGCAUCGUUUGUGCUGCAGGAGCUGCCAUGGAUCAACGGUGUUCUCAGUGGUUUUGCCGAGUCUACAGCAGAGCUGUGCGCUGUUCCGUACUUUCUGCAUCUGCUCAAGUGCUUGUUUGAACAUGCCCCGGACGAAGUGGCGAACUGUGCUGCUGCCAUGAUGCUAGACAGUCUGUGCCAACUUCUCUUGUGUACCGAGGAGUCCGCGAUCCUUGGCGUGUCGAGCAGUUGCCUUGCCGCUCUUCUGCGUCGCUGUCUUGCAGUGCAGUCGGUGCAGGUGCGCGUUGUCGCGGCAACCGUGGAGGCCGCCAUGGCGGGUGGUGCUACUACCGAUGAAGGCGGCCUCUCCGGAGCUGUUGGUACCACCGCGCGCUUAGCGGACGCUCCUCGCACCGUCUACCCCUUCGCCACCGUCAUCGUCGCCUUUGUCCUUCGCACGCUCGCUGGCCGCCUUGAUGAGGCAUCGCUGAUGGACGUGGGCGAUACUCUCGUGGCCAUUAUGCAGAAGUACACUAGCUUCUCCGAGGCGGAGCUGAUCCGUAUCAUCCACGCUACGGUGCGCCGACUUUCUAUCGUGCGCACCGACACUAUUGCGCAGCAGUUACUGGCUCCUUUGGCCACCUUGAUGGCGCUUCAUCCCGCAGCUCUGCUGCGGACACUGACGCAAGGGGGGUUUCUCGUGGAGACGAUGAGCCGUUGGCUGCCGCGAGUGGAGCACUUCUCGAAUUUGCGCGCCACCUUUGUUUCAUGCGAGGGGCUGCUCAAGAUGCUCUCGUGCUUAUCUCAGCCAUCAUCGUCGCCGAUGCUGACGGCAGAGGAAGCACAGCAGAUGGCGCAGCAGCCGGUGACGUGCCGUUGGCUCCUGCCUGAGGAACUAACCGAGAGCAACAAGGGUUCGCGUAAGGCGUCGCGCAGAGGCAGCAAAGGGGGCUCAGCCGCGGCAACGCGUCGUGUCAUUUUGUCCUCACUCACCCCGGGGACGUCGGUGGAGACGUCGCUGCCAUUGUACGCCGGGGUGCUUGUCGGUGUCGGUCGCGGUCUGCUGGCGUUGCUGGCCGCUCCUCCUGCUGUUCUGUGGCGUGCCAGUCAAGCAGCUGGCGACACCGCGACGCCCGGAACCGGGAUCGGUGCGGGCGUUUUUCCGUCGGACGAGGAUGGUGACGACAGCAACGGACUUUUUCGCGGGGACAGCGUCGACGGCAGUGACCCCGAGGCAGAGGACACGUGGGAAGAGGAUGUGGACAGCUUCUCCGAUGACGAGACUCAAGGUGACGCACGGGAGUUAGAGGCGCCGGACAUCAACGCAUACUCGCCCGAAACGACGGAUCGACAACGGUUGCUGCGCCCAAUGGGUGCACAGAUGCUACCGUGGAUGCAGACACACGGCGCUGAAGUGGCAUCGUUUUUUACUCUUCAAGAGGCACAAACACUGACGUCUUUUUUCACCUCCUGUGCAGCGAGUGGGGAAUGUGGGCCUUCAGCGGCGUGA